ACACAACGCAAAUACAAAAAAAAUUAGUGAGGACCAAAAUAUUUUUUAUAUUUUUUCUUUCGAGCCAGAGGCCCGAGUUUAAUUCAUGGAGAGUUUUUGUUAGUGAAGCACGCGGAGUUGCUGUCGCGACAUAAUAAAAAAAACAGAAGCAAUAUAUAGAAAAAGAAGAAAAAAUACGAAGAGAACAAGAAAAAAGAAGAAGGAAGAAGAAUAUUUUCACAAAUUCUUUGUGAAUUUUCCUUAUGUUUUGAGGAAAAAAAUAUACAAGCAUUGAAAACGAAAAAGAAUUGAAUUCGGAUGAUAUAAAAAUAGCGAAACAAUAUUUAUUAUGUUUUGGUGUAAACAAAAAUAUUUUUAAAAUACGGAAAUUAAAAGAUGCUGUAAAAUUUAAUCAAUCUUCAGAGAAAAAAGUGAAAGAGAUUUUAAUUAAAAGCAAUGUGCCUUGCAAAAUGAUAUAAACGUAAUAACAAUAAUAAUAAAAAUUGAUUUCAAGGUAUAGUCGCACUUGUAAUAUCAAUUAGUUAAAAAUUAGGGAAAAAAGAAUUGAAACAAAAGAUAAAAAAGUAGCAGACAAGGAGACACUUGAAAUUUUAAGCCUUCUUUAGGCUGAAUCACGUCAUUGAUGGCAGAAGUUGCAACCAGUGGCAAUUUGCAGCGAUACCGAUCAAUGAAUGAACGUGAACCUUUGAGGGACGUUAUUCAUGAUUAUAAGCAAUAUAUCGACUUAAGAAAUAGUAUUGUGACUGAUUAUGACAUCAAAUACAAUUUGAAUAAUAAUAAUAACAAUCACAUCAGUGAUAAUCGUAAUAUAAGUGCAAGCGCGAACAACAAUUCAUCUGGACUCUUGGAUCCCAUACAUCAAUCGUAUAGUUCACCAUCUACGCCUUCAACUCCAUUGUCUAUUACCGACGCACAAAUGAACGACGCUAAGAUUUUUGGUGGAAAAUCUGAACAUCAAUUACAACAUCAGCAACACAUGCGUGAAACUAAGCCAUAUAAAUGUACUCAGUGUACAAAAUCAUUUGCAAAUUCGAGUUAUUUGUCUCAACAUACUCGAAUUCAUUUAGGAAUCAAACCUUAUCGGUGCGAGAUAUGUCAGCGAAAAUUUACACAGUUGUCACAUUUGCAACAACACAUUAGGACACAUACUGGCGAUAAACCAUACAAAUGUCGCAAUCCUGGAUGUGUCAAAGCAUUUUCACAGCUGUCAAAUCUACAAUCACACUCACGCUGCCAUGCUACUGACAAGCCAUAUAAAUGUAAUGCUUGUUAUAAGUGCUUCACCGAUGAAACGACUCUUCUUGAACACAUUCCGAAGCACAAAGAGUCGAAACAUCUCAAGACACAUAUAUGUCAAUACUGCGGAAAAUCAUAUACACAAGAAACUUAUCUCGCUAAGCACUUGCAAAAACAUAUCGAACGAGCCGAGAAAAGAUCAUCUUCAGGGCUUAAUGGCUUAGCUAUAACAUCUCGUAAUGUAAUGCCCAACACUACACCAUUAGAACAUCCGUAUUGGCCAAAAGUCAGUCCCGACUCGGCAACCGAAAAUAUGCAGCAACAAAGCCAAUAUGAUUUCGUUCUAAGCCAACAACAAAAUCAUAAUUCAAACACAAGUGAUCACAUCCAAGGUCAUCAUCGAACAGCACUGGAACAUCAUCGAAUCAAUGGAAAUAAUAACGCAAACGGAUCUGAAGACGCUGUUGAAGAUUUAGUUGUUAUUAGACAAAAUCCGUCACAUCACCAUAUUACAACAGUCAGUCAAGCUUCGCAGCCAAAUAAUCAGCAAAUCGGCUCGGUGCCAGUCUCUUCAGUUGGUACACUUGUUGUUACCACAUCAUCUGCUUAUGACUCAGCCUCGAAACCAACUAGCAAUUCAGCAUUCACGCCAAUUAAUGUAAUGCCAACUCAUUUGAAUACAUUGCAGCAUCAUCAAUUAGCGCAACGCCCGUUAUAUUAUGAUGCAAUAGCGUUCCAAAAUAAAAAUAUUCCCCAAAACAAUUCAAAUGGAUUUCCAAAUCAAUUGAUUUCACUACAUCAGAUUAGAAAUUACGCUCAUCAACCUGCAAGCGGAUUAAUUUCUGGAGAACAUUUGAUUGGGAUUGGUGUGAGUGUUGGCAAAGAUAAAGGACAAUAGUUUAUUUAUUAUUAAUUAAAUACUUAGAUCCAAGUGUCAAAUGAUUUAUUGAAUUAAUGAUCUCGUCACAGUUUGAUGUUUAAUAUUCACUGUGUUGGAUUCUUCACUUUGCUUAAUCAUAAUUUUUUUUAUGUCUUUUCAAAGAGAUUAUCAUAAAUAACAAAACGAAUUUUAUUAAGUAGAAAUCAUUUAUCAGAAUGAAAAUGUUUCGCAUGCCAAA